UUGUGUUUACUACCGGAGCAUUUUAUCUGCAUAGUGAAGUGUUUCUCAUGUUUUCACGAAAAGUAUAUGACACUCUAAUCUAAUCAAUUCUUGCUAAACAUGAUAACGAAACAGAAUAGGAGAGGACAAAAUAGAAUGCCUACAGUAUGUUGAUAAAAAUCUAAAACGGGUGAGAAAUACGAGAAACUGUAUAGUUACAUACGUACCGGUCAACUGCAUUUUUUAAAUCGGACAAUUUUUCUAGCCACUCUGUUAGUUUCCGGAAACGUAGUGACGUUUUCGUACUUAAUAUUUACAGGCACUUUGUUUCGUUGUUCCUAGCACGGUCUGACAACAGUAACCAUAGAAGGGUUGUAGUUUUUGGCGACUCCAGCUGUCGCUUGAAUGCUCUCAACCACUGAAUACACAAUAGCGAGACGUGUGCAACUCCAAGAAGAGAACUAAUUAACGGAAAAGCAGGCUUGGUGGGUCACGUGACGUGAUGUAACGUCGUUUAGCCGGCUAUUUGCUGUUUAUUGAUUGACCGUCACUAUACAAGCCGGCGCUAAGAGAGUAUCGUGUAGAUUGACAAUAAGGUGUUGCUGUUAGAGGCGGAGACUUAGAUAACAAGAGAGGCUGCACACAGUGCCACUGCAUGUAAGCUCUAUGACACAUACAGCUCUUUCAUUUCUCGCAAUCUCUUGCUCACAGCUGUUAUUUGCACGACGAUGAGGAAGGUUUAUGUCAUUGGCUUUGCUACUGUUUUUCUUUGUCAGCUUGAGUAGACUUUUGGCGGUAAGAACCUGUUGAAGGGAUGGGAUUUUGCAAACAUGUCUGAUUGGCAAAAACUGGAGGCUGAUGCGUCCUUUUACGAUGCUCGCUGUACACAGAAAGAAAAUACAUUUGAAGAGUUAGACUAUUGCGAUUGUGAUUCGAUAUCGUCGCUCAUCAUGAUUGAUCCAAUGAAGACCUAUGAAUUCUCCAUUUUCAUCCAUUCAUCGGGAAGAAUUAUGAUAAACUACUUUGGCUUCUUUGUUUAUGACAACAACGGGAACAAAAUAGAGGGUAGCUGGAGUAGGCCGUAUUUCAGAAACUCAUAUGAUUAUCGUGAUUAUGAGUCGUGGGAUCGAUGGAGAGCAUAUAUUCUUCCUCGUCACAUUCCAGACACUGACAGUGAUGGUCAACCUGAUACCCAAAACUAUAUGACUAAUGGAAAAGACUGGAUAUGGCCAACUAAUGCUAGUUAUGUUGCUUUACGAUUGGAUCCUGUCAUUACGGCACUGGCCGUCUUGUGCCAAAUCGAGCACGCAGACAUUUCACAGACGCUGCAGGAGAGACGUGGUUUUGGUUUUCCAUGGUUAUAGAAAUUGAACAGCCAUUGUCAAUUCUGUUUUCUGAUCCCCGUCAUCCAAAUAUGAGAAUGUUUAACAUAUCAAAUUUUCAAGACUGGUCAAGUAGGGCAGACUACAGUGGGAUAGCAUUUGUAAACGGCAAACACACUCGUAUAGCAAGAGCCACAGAGCAAUAUCAAUAUUGUUACUAUCCGUGGGGCAUUACACGCCAAUUUCCGAUUGAUCCCAACAAUACAUACGAAUUCAGUAUCUGGUUGUUGAGUACAGGCAAAGAUCUGAACAACUUCCUUGGCUUUCAAGUCUAUGACGUGGCAUUCAAUAUCCUUAAUGUCAACGGCACAGACAAACCAUACUUCAAAAGAACCGAAAAUGAUCCACAAAUGUGAACACGGUGGAACGGAUUUGUAGUUCCAGCAACAACUGAUCCAAACGACAUUCCCUCUUAUUACAGCAACGGUGUAAGCUGGCAAUGGCCACCUAAUUCUAUGUAUGCCCAGCUGAGGUUUGGCACUUGUUACGGUGAUGGAGACUACAAAGGAGAGACUUACUUUGCUUACCCUCAGGUUGUAGACUUUGAUCUACAGCCAUAGACAGAAACAUUAAACGUCUAUCAUGCUUGUCUGUCUUUCUCGAACAGCAGUAAACCGUUUCGUUUGUGUUUGUAGUUUGUGCUAUGAUGGAAAAAUGAAAGUUAGCACAAUUAGCUUUUGUAGCACGUGUCAUGACUUGGUAUUGUGUUUUAGCAACAGUACAAGUAGUUGUAUCAUUGCACAUGGACGGAUAGCUUUUAUACAUGCUAUCAAAUUAAAGACCACAAUUAUAACUAGUUUCAU